UGAUUGCUGCUUUUGGGUUUUGGAGCGGGUCUUGCAACCAUUGGGGAAAAGUCCAAUACGCUUAAAAAAAAAAAAAGAAAUGGGACGUCGUUCAUCAGAUACCGAAGAAGAAAGCAGAAGCAAGAGAAAAAAGAAACACCGUAGACGGUCAUCUUCAAGUAGUUCUUCAGAUAGUAGGACAUACAGCCGAAGGAAAGGUGGGAGGAAAUCAAGGUCAAAGUCAAGAUCUUGGUCCAGAGAUCUUCAGCCUCGCUCACAUUCUUAUGAUAGAAGACGCAGGCAUCGAUCAAGCAGUAGCUCCUCUUAUGGCUCUAGAAGAAAACGAAGUCGAAGUCGUUCAAGGGGUCGAGGGAAAUCCUAUAGAGUUCAGAGAUCUAGGUCAAAAAGCAGAACGAGAAGGUCCAGGUCAAGACCUCGUCCACGCUCCCAUAGUCGAAGCAGUGAAAGGUCCAGUCACAGAAGAACCCGUAGUCGAUCUCGGGACAGAGAACGGUGUAAAGGCAGAGAGAAGGAGAAAAGAGGGAAGGAGAAGGAUAAAGGCAAGGACAAGGAGUUAUACAGCCUCAAACGUGGGGAAUCUGGAAACAUCAAAGCUGGAUUAGAACAUCUGCCACCAGCUGAACAGGCCAAAGCCAGGCUACAGUUGGUUCUCGAAGCUGCUGCGAAAGCUGAUGAAGCAUUGAAAGCCAAGGAAAAAAAUGAAGAAGAAGCAAAGAGAAGAAAGGAGGAAGACCAACCCACCCUGGUAGAACAAGUAAAAAGAGUAAAAGAAAUCGAAGCCAUUGAAAGUGAUUCUUUUGUUCAGCAGACAUUCAGAUCAAGUAAAGAAGUCAAAAAGUCAGCAGAACCCAGUGAGGUGAAGCCUGCAGCAGCAGCACCAGGACCAGCAUCGGUGGUUGCUGAUCUGCCCAGUAGUGAAAAAGAGGUGGACCCUAACAGCAUCCCUACUGCCAUCAAGUACCAAGAUGACAAUUCUCUGGCUCAUCCAAAUCUAUUUAUUGAGAAAGCUGAUGCUGAGGAAAAGUGGUUCAAGAGAUUAAUUGCUCUUCGACAAGAAAGGCUAAUGGGCAGUCCUGUGGCCUAAAUAAUAUGUGUGGUUGAAUCAACAGCAACAUUGAAAAUUUAGGCUUUUAAAUCCCAAUUUAACUUUUUAUUCAUAAAAAAAUUGACCCAAUUAUAUAAAAAGGUAAUCUUACUUCAUUCUUUUCUCAAGUGGGCUUAAAUAUUUGUUUAUUUGAACUUAAACAUUGUGAAUAUUAAAAUUAGUAUAAGAUUGAGGAAUGCAUGAAAUUGUCCUACUGUUAAUAAAACUAAUGCAAAAAAUAUCAGUCUUAAUAAAUAGCACACGGUAGUGUUUCUGUGUGUAAGUUUUAAAAUAUCAAAUUGUCAUUUAAAGACAUAGUUUUGAUUGACCAUGCAUAUGUAAGAAUCAAACUCUAUGCUAUAAAUCAAGAUUUCCUCUUCCAUGUAUUAUGAAACCAUUUUGAAUCUUUUAUUUUACCUUACUGGAAAAUUUUAGGCCCAAUAAAAAGCACUCUUAACAAUCUAAGCAGAACAAGCAUGUUACUAUUAAAAGAAUAAUUUCUUUAAUGAAAAACUUUGUAGAAAAUGAACUACAUUGAUGAUUUAUGGCUUAGAGAUCAGGUUUCACUAAGCACUUCUUUUCAGCAUGUUAGCAGCGCUCAGUCCAUCCUUGUAGAAAUCACAUGUCCCUGCUAGACCUGAUGAGCUGGCCAAACAGCCGUCAUAGGGAAGGCCCGUCUGAGGAAGCAGGUAAGAGUUCUCGCCUCAGUCCUGCUUCAUAUUCCACUGUCCCCGGGAGAGGAAGCCAGCUACCUGUAAUUCUGAGGAGACCGUCUCUCACUGUAGAAUGAAUGCCUUUCUCUAGUAGCUGAAGGGAAAUCAACAGCGAGUCCAUCCUGAACAUGCCAGAGAUAAGGACUUUCAGGCCUUGUGUUAUAAAACUAGUUUUCACCAGCUGGCCAUAAAUAUUUCCCUUUCCUAUUUUGUUCUGUUGCCUGGUCUCACUCUGAGUUAGUCUCUGUGAAGACUGUACCUCAGAACACAAGAUAAACAUGAAGAAUUUUGGGACAGGAUGACCAAUCUGUGGGAUAGCUAAUGGUAUCUUUUUUUAUGUUUCUGAAACUUCAAAGGCUAAUUCCUGUUAAAAAUGAAAACUAUAAAGAGCUUACACUUCAUUUUAAAAGGUACGGAGAGGAGACUCGUGGUAAAGUACACGUUUUCAGACACAGUUUUUCACAUUUUAAGCAGACGCCAGUGCCCUUUUUGCCUUGGCUGUAAGUGCCCAGUAUGAACUCAGGUCUGCAUGGGUUUUAAUUCAGAUAGAUACAUUUUUAGUGACUUUAAAAAAAGAUUACUGUUUCUGAAAUAUUUUGUAUUUCAUUCUUUGCCUAACUCGUGAACUGUAAAAGCACUGCCCCCCUUCUGGAAAGUACAUUCUAGUGGCAAGAAUAUGGGUUGUCACUGGGGCCCCGAGAGAGUCUCCGAGGACCUGGACGGGGCACUUUUUCUCAGAGCGACCGACGUUCCUCGCCUGCGAAUACUGGGAACACUGUGAUGUACUUUAAUUACGAGUAAUGCCAGUGUUCUUCCGUGGUGAGUUGCCUGAAAUACAGAAGCUUGUACUGCCAUGGAUCUGUAUUUUAAAGCUAAGUUUUUCAUGAAGACAGAGAAUCGGUUUUCUUUUUAAUAACUAAACUCUAGUCCCUGCAGGAACUCUAUGACUAUUCCCCCUUCUUCCUGAUCCCUUUCUAAUGUGAUUCAUUUGAAGGCAUUAUUAGCUGCAUUUACCUACAUUCCUGUUGAAGACGACAGUAUUACCACACAAGCCAAAUCAAAUUUAAUGAGGAAGACUUCGUAGAACACUAUCAAACAUAUCACCAAACUCGGGCUAAGUGAUGAGUGUCCUAACAUACCUCUAGGAUCCUAACAUAAUGAGCCUGUAAAGCAGAGCAGUACCUUUCAUGUCACUUGAAUGGUGACAGUGAUUUGGACUUAAAUGAGACCUCCAAGUGUUUUCUGAAAUGUUGACUUUGUGUACAAUGACAAGUACUAAUUAUACAAGUUGGAUUUUCAUUACUGAAGUGAGUCCAUUCUCAGGAAAAAUGAGUAAGAACACCUUUUUUUUCUGGCUCUCCUUACUUACGGGGAGGGAGGUACAUAAGUACUAAGGACAGAACACUUUGAGUCAUUAACCUGCUUCCCUUCAGCAUCCCCACGUGUGAAAUGAGGUUACUGAUUGUGGACUUGCCUACUUUGACUUUUCAGUAAAAUAACCUAAAAGAAAGCCCUAGAUAGAAAAGGUUUACUAUUUAUGCCAGUGUGACAUUUGACUUGGUAGCCAUCUUAACGUGAUAUGAAGCGAACAGUUGCACAGAGAACUUGAAAACGCUGCACCCCAGCUUCUGUACAGUGCGCUUCCUCUGCAUGUGUUUGAAUGGGGGCCAGUGGGCCUCCAUCCCGCUGUCCCCAGCCGCCCCUGAUCCCCCUGCCUGCCAAGACCACAGGAAGCCCUGUUGGCUCUGCAGUUACGCCCUAACUGACUCAAGGAGUCUCGGGUCUUCUUUGGUCAGAUUUACCCACUUUUUAAACUUUUUCUUAGAUACCUAGCUUUUUAAAUAUCUAGGCACAAUGAGGGCAGCUGGGUAUACAGAGGUUUCAUUGUGAAGCCAAGAGAGGAAAUAUUCAGUGGCAGGGGAGAGGGAAUGAUUGCAAAGAGGACAGAAAUUACUCGUUACAAAAUUAAGGUGGGCUUCAUGGAGAAACCUCAGCUGAACGAAGACCGGAAGGAGAAGAAGGCACUAGGAAGUACAGAACUCACGUCCAGCCACUGUCUGUCUGAUGGCUGCACUAAGCGGCUGGGGACUGUUGCAGCUCUAACCCAGGGAAGAGUCCCUUUCAUAAAAGACCCAAGUGGCCCUUCCCUCUCAAUCUUAUGAAAAAUCCAGAAAAAAAUUUAGGUACCUGGUCACUCUCUGGCAUUCUCUGAGCCGUUCUUCCUUUCGGUGGAGAAUUGGCGGAAUAAGCUAGCCCUUCAUUUGGCCACUAGCUUCGGCAGGCUUCGGCUCACUACUGCCUGUCAGCCAAGGUGACACGAGCCAAGCUGUGCAAUGGUAGUUGAACGGAGAUUUCCGGUACCUCUGGGAAAGAGUCAUAUCUGCCAGGAAGGCCUUGCACAGCCACAUGGACCACUGCAUGUCCCCUGGCACUCUCUGUUUCUCUACUGUGUGUUAUACAAAUCAUCAGUUUAAAGCUGAAGGACACAGUUCACUUACCUAUGAUGAGAUCUCUCCGUAAAUGUCCUUUGGUUGGGCAUCAAUGAAAAGUGUUAAGUGAGCAAAUGAGAUCAUAACAAAAGCUAAGAAUGAAACAAGACGUGGAAGAUUUUUGGUCCCCAAACCAUGGAUGAAUUGAUCUAGAAUUCUUAUACCUGUGUUACUCCUUUGUCCCCCCAUUUCCCAACCCCCAUGCUCCUGGUGAGUAUUACAAAUGAGAUUUUAAACCAGCUCUUCGCUAUUACUCAGUUGAAUCAGUGCUUGAAUUGUUUAGGAAGUGUCUAAAUGCCAUCCUUUAAAUGUAAGCCUUACUCUUUGGAACUCCCUUGUGGAAUAAAUGGAAAAACAAAUCGUCUUGAUAAGAAACGUCUUAGUGUGUGCAGCAAGACAGGAAUGAAAACGGAGGUGAGAAAGAACACUGAAUUCUCAGGUCAUGUUCAUCUUUCAUCACAGGAAUGGACGUCGGUCAGUAUAUUCAGCUCUUUUUGGUGGGUUUUUUCCUAAAUCAAAGAAAAUGUUCUGUCAUGAUAUUUUACAGUUAUUUUUGCUAUUCUUUUUUAAAUAUUUUAUUUAUUUAUCUUUAGAGGGGAAGGAGAGAGGGAGAGAAACAUCAGUGUGUGGUUGCCUCUUGUGGGUCCGCUGCUGGUAACUGGUCUGCAACCCAGGCAUGUGCCCUGACUGGGAAUCGAACUGUGAUCCUUUGUUCGCAGGCUCAUGCUCAAUCCACUGAGC